AUGGAUAGUGUCUCCCAAGGUCUGCCUAAGUCCAUACCUAUUCCUGCCUUUUUGGUGAACAGUUUCUCACUGUUCAUCUAUACAAUGAACAAUUACGUUCCCGGCGGAUAUUUAGUGAUCGAAUACGUCAAAAAGUCUCACCAUGACGACCCUUAUAGAACCAUUGUAGAAUUGUUGUUGUUUCUAUAUGGUGUUGUUUACUAUUUAUCAAAACCAAAACAAUCAAAGAAAACUUUACAGAACUCUAAAGAAAAAUAUAAUAGUUUAUCUAAAAAUGAAAUCGAUAUGUUGAUCGACGAAUGGACCCCAGAAGCAAUUGUUGAUGAUUCUGAAAUAGUCGAAGAAUCAAAGUGGAGAUUAGCAAAGAUACCUGUUAUGGACUCAAAUGGUAUCAAGAAAUAUCUGAAUAUGACCAGAGAUGAAGGAAAAGAAUCUUACAAAAACGUUUUCAACAUGAGUUCCAAUAAUUCGUUGGCGCUAUCUUACACCAGCAAAGAGAUCACCGACGAAGUCAACAAGACUAUUAAAAACUAUGGUGUUGGUGCAUGUGGUCCAGCUGGGUUUUACGGUAACCAAGAUGUUCACUACAGACUGGAAUAUGAUCUUUCUGAGUUUUUCGGUGUCGAAGGUGCCUGUCUAUACGGUCAAGAUUUUUGUGUUGCUGCUUCUGCUUUACCUGCUUUCAACAAGAGAGGUGAUAUUAUUGUUGCCGAUAAUCAAAUCUCAUUGAGUUUACAAAACGCUUUACAAUUGAGUAGAUCCACUCUAUAUUAUUAUGAACAUAACAAUAUGGAAUCUUUGGAAAAUUUACUAAAAGAUAUCAACGAUUCAAUUGCUUCUGAAAAAUUGCCUGAUAUCCCCAGGAAAUUCAUUGUCACCGAAGGUCUUUUCGCAAAUUCUGGUGACAUUGCAAACUUACCUGAGCUAGCCAAAUUGAAAUACAAGUAUAAGUUUAGAUUAGUCGUCGAAGAGACUUUAUCUCUUGGUGUUUUAGGUGCCACCGGCAGAGGGUUGUCCGAAUUCUACAAAAUGAAUAGAGCUAAUUCUAUUGAUAUCACUUUUGGUUCUAUGGCUACUGCUUUCGGUUCCAGUGGUGGGUUUGUGUUGGGUGAUCGUCACAUGACCUUCCACCAACAUAUUAGUUCUAAUGCCUACUGUUUCUCCGCUUCCCUGCCUGCAUACACCACCAGAAUUGUUUCCAAGACAUUAGAGAUAUUGAGAAGAGACAACUCUAGCGUUUCGAAAUUAAAUGAGCUAUCAAAGCUUUUACACAGUAAAUUCAUGUCUAGUGACGAACUUUCCAAAUACGUUAUCAUCAAGUCUAACGAGAACUCACCAAUCUUGCAUUUUGAAUUAAGAGCUGAUUUCAGAGAGAAGAACUUCGAGUACACCAAAGAGCAGCUAUAUGAAAAAUUAAGCAUCCUGCAAAGAAGAGGCUUCACCACAAUGUUCUUCGACGAGUACGAGGACGAGGAAGUGUUUUUACAAAAGAUUGUGGACUCUGUAUUGGAAAACUUCAAUAUCUUGAUCAGCAGAAGGCAGAUCAUGCUAAAGCACGAGACCUUGCCUAUCUUACCAGGCAUCAGAGUUUCCGUAACAGCCGACAUGACCAGCGAAGAGGUGAGCACCUCUGCUGAUUCCAUCAUCCAGACUGUCCUCGAAUUGUGCAGCUCCUUAUAA